AUGAAUUCACGACCUGUGAAGCACAUUGAUCGCGAGGAUCUCUACACCAAUCUAGAAGCUCGUGUUCAAUAUUUACACUCAUUCCUCGACUUUUCUAGCCGUGACAUCGAAGCUCUCAUCACUGGCGCAAAAUACGUCAAGGCUCUUAUCCCCGCCGUCGUCAACAUCGUCUACAAGAAACUUCUCCAAUACGAUAUCACAGCCCGUGCUUUCACAACACGCAGUACCUCCUUCGAAGGCCCUCUUGACGAAGUGCCCGACGAGAACAGUCCUCAGAUUAUGCACAGAAAGAUGUUUUUGCGGGCUUAUCUGAUGAAGCUGUGUUCGGAUCCCAGUAAGAUGGAGUUCUGGGAGUAUCUGGACAAGGUCGGAAUGAUGCACGUUGGUCUUGGUCGCAAGCACCCUCUUCACAUCGAGUACGUCCAUCUUGGCGUCUGCCUUGGCUUCAUCCAGGAUAUCAUGACCGAAGCCAUCCUCUCGCAUCCUCGUCUACACAUUCAGCGCAAGACAGCCCUCGUAAAGGCUCUCAACAAGGUCAUAUGGAUUCAGAACGAUCUUAUGGCCAAGUGGCACGUCAAAGACGGAUCAGAGUUCGAGGUUGGCGACUCAGAUAUCGAGAUCGAGCGCGAAGGCUACUUGCAUGGAAAGCGAGUUAUCGGUGAUACAAGCGAUUCGGCUUCUGACGAUGAAGCUUCAGAGCAACUACCGCCCUCACGAAUUCCCCAUCCUAAUGGUGCGUCGGCUGGAGGAGUGUGUCCCUUCUCGGGGAUGGGUGCUCCAUCUGAAGAGUAA